CCACUUCCAACGACACGAGAGAAGCGAGCCCACCUCCUCCCUCUCCUCUCGGCCUGCAGCGCGGCGCGGAGAGAGAAAGGAAGACAGGCGGAGAUCCUCCUCCUCGCGUCGCCGUCAUUCCGGCAAUCUACCUGCUCCGAUUCCUCUGCGCCCUCGUCCGCCGCCGCCUCCUCCUCUCCCGUCGGCCGCGCCGCGCAGGACGAUCCUCCCCGCCGCAACGCGCGCGCUUCACGGUUCUGUGAUCUACUUGAUGAAUGAUUAAUACCAUUGUCCCCAAGGAAGAUCCUAAGAGAGAGAGAGAGGAUAAUUUACAUUUUUUAAUUCAGGUUAAGUUAAAUUUCCCUCGUGGGAGAAAAUGGCUGCGAUCAUGUUAUGCACAUGCAGCGGGGACCAAUCCAAGUUUGAAGAGAUGCCCCGAUCGCCGGAGUCUCUCGCGACACGGGAUUUCUCAGCAAGUGGUUCUUGUUCGAAACCAGGAAAACGAGAAGCAACGCCUGAUGACAACCAAGUGAAUGAAGUGGAAUCGGACUUAAGAGAGACUCUUUCACUAAAUUAUGAGGAGGCCCGGGCAUUGCUGGGUAGACUAGAGUAUCAGAGAGGAAACUUUGAUGCAGCGUUGCAAGUCCUUCAGGGCAUUGAUAUAAGAAGCCUGAAACCACGAAUGACCGGUGCUAUUACUGAAAGUGCCAAGCCUAAAGUUUCUCCACGUUCUUCAAGAAGGAAAACCUCACAAGUGAACGGAAUGCUAGUGCAUAUGUCAAUGCAUUCUGUAAGUUUGCUUCUGGAAGCCAUAUUGCUUAAAGCGAGAUCUUUGGAAAGACUUAGUAGGGUGACAGAUGCUGCAGAAGAAUGCAGAACCAUCAUAGACAUUGUAGAGUCUGCAUGGCCGAAUGGUGUUCCUGAAGGUACUUCCGAAGAAUGUAAGUUGAUAGACAUGUUCCACUCGGCUCUGGAAUAUCUUCCUAACCUAUGGAUGAAAAGUGGUUGUUUGGAGGAGGCCAUAACUGCAUAUCGGAGAGCUCUUGCAAGGCCCUGGAAUUUGGAUUCUCAAAGGUCUGCCAACUUACAAAAAGACUUGGCGGUGACUCUACUGUACUGUGGUAUUGAAGUGAAGUCACCUCAAGAGUUCAGUCAGCAACAGAACUUGGCAACCCCUGAGAACAACAUCGAGGAAGCAAUUUUGCUGUUGUUUGUACUUAUCAGAAAGCUAACCUUCCAAGAAAUAAAGUGGGAUCCUGACCUCGUGAACCAUCUGAUGUACGCACUGUCAUUGUCCGGUCAUUAUGAAGUCUUGGCCAGGCAUCUAGAGAUGUUGCUACCUGGAACCUAUAGCAGAUCAGAAAGAUGGUACAUUCUCGCACUUUGCUACAGUGCCGCUGGCAUGGAUGAUAGUGCCUUAAACAUCAUAAGGAAUGGUUUCCAUGUGUUACAAAGAAAGGGAAAACCUCAUAUUCCAUCUCUUCUUCUAGGAGCCAAACUAUGUUGCAAGAACCCAAAGCAUGCUUCUGAAGGAAUAAAAUUUGCAAGUAAAGCCAGGGAGUCAUUCAAAAGUCAUGAUAUACAUUUCAUCAGUGCUGUGAAUCAUUUCCUUGGUGUUUGUUAUGGACCUUUUGCUAGGUCAUCAACUUCUCACUCAGAAAAAAUGAGAUUACAAGAUGAUGCACUGAGGCUGUUGCAGGAUGCUGCGGCAAUGGCGAAGUAUAAUCCUGAAAUAUUGUACAGCCUUGCUUGGGAAAAUGCAAUGCAGCGGAAACUGAAUGCAGCCAUUGAAAGUGCAACGGAAUGUCUCGAAAUGGUGUCAGGAAGUUCAGUGAGUACCUGGAAGUUAUUGAUUCUCGUGUUAUCUGCACAGCAGAAUUUAGAAGAAGCUGAAUCAGUAGCAGAUAUUGCACUAGAUGAGGCCGAGCAAGAGGAUCAAAUGGGUAUUUUGAGGCUAAAAGCACUAACUCAGUCCUCCCGUGGACAAUUCAAGUCUGCUGUGGAAUCUUUUAGAAUUUUGCUUGCAAUCAUUCAAGCAAAGAAAGAAAUCUGGAAAUCGGCCCCUUAUGAUAAGGUUAAAUCCCUGCAUAAGUUAGAGAUGGAAGCAUGGUUAGAUUUGGCAUCAAUAUACACAAAGCUUGAAGCAUGGCAUGACUCAAACAUUUGUCUUGACAAAGCAAAAUCCAUCGAUUUCUUAUCUCCAAAGUGCUGGCACGUCAAAGAUAUUAAGAAUCUCAAAAGAACAGAGUAUUUAUUGCUAUCAUCUUUGAUUUCUGUCUCGGGUCAUACAAUUGAGGUUGAUAUUAGCUGCAUGUGCUUAAUUAACGCUAACAAGUGUACUUUUCCAGGACUUAUAUUGGAGGCCCAGUCCUUGCACCAAGAAGCCCUCGAGGCAUUCUCAUUCUCCCUCUCCAUCAAUCCAGACUAUGUCCCUAGCAUGGUUUCUAUGGCAAGCAUUCUAAGAACUCUUGGAGGGAAGUCAUCGUCAAUCGCGAGAACUUUUCUGCGCAGCGCCACCCGCCUAGAGCCAACAAACCAUCAAGCCUGGAUGGGGCUCGGACUCGUCCUGAAAUCUGAAGGAUCGGUGCUUGAGGCCGCUGACUGCUUCCAGGCAGCUUAUGAGCUCCUAGAGUUGUCACCUAUUCAAGAAUUUUCCGAGCAACUGCCCAUCUUGCUGCAGUAGGGAACUCCUCGGCUUGCCAAUUAUCAAAAAGGAAAAGAAAGAAGUACAUUGCCUUGCCAAAUAGCACAGGUUUUGCUGUAGAAAUCCCAUUGCAUCCUUGGCUCUCCAACCAACCAGUAAAUUAUGUGAAUGUAGUAUACCCAUUUCCUUAGGUGGACAUCCUUCACCAAUUUUGUUUUGUGGAUGAGAAUCAUAUAUGGUAAAUUUUGUGAGUGUAGGUAUUUAUGUUGAUGUUGCAACGUCCUUUGCUGCGCAUUCAGCUUUGUUCUUUAUUGGAAAAACAUAAAAUGAAAGAGAGAUGCUUGGUAGAGUGAA